ACCAACUCCGUGCAAUGGCGGCGACUGUGGAUCCAGUGGUUGAUGUCCUUGAAGAGGGCAAGCAUCCACUUGACUCGUUGUUUCGACCCAAACGGGUCGCAGUAGUGGGCGCCACCGACAAAGAAGGCAGCGUGGGUCGAACGUUGCUGAAGAAUCUCAUCAGCAACCCUUUCGGUGGGGUGGUCUAUCCAGUGAACCCCAAGCGCGAACACGUCCUAGGCAUCCUGGCCUUCCGGUCCAUUGCGGCCUGCCCGGGUCAUGUUGACCUGGUCAUUGUGGUGACCCCCGCCGCAACUGUGCCGGGAGUGAUCCAGGAUUGCGUGGAUCAGGGGGUUAAGAAUGCCAUCAUCAUCUCGGCAGGUUUCAAGGAGGUGGGUCCGGAAGGUGAGAAGUUGGAACUGGAAGUGCAGCGCAUCGCCACCAAGGGCAACCUCCGAAUUGUGGGGCCCAACUGUUUGGGCAUCAUCUGCCCCACGUCAGGACUGAAUGCCUCCUUUGCCAAUCUGAUGCCUCAGAAGGGCAGUGUGGCCUUCAUCAGCCAGAGCGGUGCCAUGAUCACUUCGGUCUUGGAUUGGAGCGUGUCCCAAAAGGUGGGCUUCAGUGCGGUGAUCAGCAUCGGUUCCAUGUUGGAUAUGGACUUCAGCAGCAUGAUCUUCUACUUGGCAAAGGACUCGGCCACCAAAAGCAUCGUGCUCUACAUGGAGUCCAUCGGCAAUGCCCGGAACUUCCUCUCCGCGGCGCGGGAGUGUUCCCUGACCAAGCCCAUCAUCGUCAUUAAGGGCGGCCGCACCGAUGCUGCCGCCAAGGCGGCAGCCUCCCAUACCGGAUCCCUCACGGGCAGCGAUGCGGUGCUGGAUGCGGCCUUCAAAAGGGCAGGAGUUUUGCGCGUGGAUUCCAUGUCGGAUCUCUUUGAGAUGGCGGACGUCUUAUCCAAACAGCCCUUGCCCAACGGGAACCGCCUGGCCAUUUUGACCAACGCCGGAGGCCCUGGAGUGUUGGCCACGGAUGCCCUGGCCAGCCACGGUGGGGUGGUGGCCGAGCUGUCCCCCAAGACAGUGCAGGACCUGAGUGGCGUGCUCCCAGCAGCCUGGAGCCAUGGGAAUCCCAUUGAUGUCUUGGGAGAUGCCACGGCCAAACACUAUGCAGAUAGCUUGGAGAUUGUGGCCAAGGACCCCAACUGCGAUGGUUUCCUGGUGAUUUUGACGCCUCAAGCGAUGACGGCCCCCACGGACUGCGCGGUGGCUUUGACGAAAUAUGCCAAGAUCCAAGGCAAACCGGUGCUGGCAAGUUGGAUGGGCGGCCCCGAUGUGGCACCGGGGGCAAAGGUGCUGAAUGAUGCGGGCAUCCCCACCUAUGCCUAUCCUGAUAUGGCUUGUCGAACCUUCAACUACAUGCACCAGUACCAGACAAAUUUGGAUAGCAACUACGACCGCAUCGACUUGAAAGUGGACUUGGAAGCUGUCCAGGCCGGGAAGCUCCAGGCGCAGAAGCUCAUCGCAUCGGUGCGUGCCAGCGGCCGGUCGCUGCUGACCGAGGCAGAAUCCAAGCUGCUGCUGAAGGCCUAUGGCAUUCCAGUGACGCCCUGCGAACUGGCUAACUCGCCCCAAGAGGCUUCCGCCGCAGCUGAGAAGAUGGGCUUUCCUGUGGUCAUCAAGUUGAACUCUACCACCAUCACUCACAAGACCGAUGUGGGUGGCGUGGUGCUGAACCUUCACACCAGCUAUGCGGUGGAGAAGGCCUACAACGACAUGAAGGAGAGCGUCUCGAGGCUCGCCUCGCCCGAGGGCUUCGAGGGAGUCACCGUGCAGCCCAUGAUCUCGCUGAAGGGCUAUGAGAUCAUCUUGGGAUCUUCACUGGAUCCCCAACUGGGCCCUGUGUUGCUCUUUGGCACCGGUGGAGCAUUGGUGGAGGUCUUUCAGGAUUCGGCCGUGGCGCUGCCCCCGCUGAAUCCCAACCUGGCCCGAAAGAUGCUGCAGGAAACGAAGCUCUACAAGGCGUUGCUGGGUGUGCGAGGCAUGGGCAGCGUGGAUAUGGAUCAGUUGAUUCAAAUCAUGGUCCGAUUUUCGGUGCUCAUCUUGGAUCUGCCAGAGAUCGCGGAGUGCGACAUCAAUCCAUUGAUUGCCUCAGAAGAUUCCAUCAUGUCUCUGGAUGCCCGAGUCCUAUUGCACGAUCCUUCGGUGGAUGCGGUGGAUUUGCCACAACCCUCUAUUCGGCCAUAUCCUCAUCAGUACGUCUGUAGCUAUGAUCUGGACGAUGGCUCCAAAGCCAAGCUGAGACCCAUCUUGCCAGAGGAUGAAGGUCUCAUGCGGCACUUCUACGCCCGAGCCAGCUGGCCCGAUGGCUGCGAUCCAGCCUCCAUGCCCAACGAAGAGGAGCAUCCGACGUGUACGUUGGAUCGCCAGCACCUGAUCCGCACCUGUUUCGUGGACUUCGACCGCUCCAUCGUUCUGGUGGCCGAGGUGGACAAGGCCAUCAUGGGCGCCGGCCGCAUUAGCAGAGAGGAGAUGUCCGAUGACUUCACGUUCUCCUUGCAGGUCUUGCCCGAGUGCCGGAAGAAAGGAUUGGGCUCGAAGAUACUGAAGCGCUUGAUCGAGUUGUCCCGCAUGGAGGGAGCGGCCUGCAUCAAGGCUGAUGUUUUCUGCGAGAACAAGCGGGCCCUGAGGUUUUUAGAGGGGCACGGUUUCCGGUUGGGCGUCCCAACACACUCGGGGAGAUUGGUGCCGGCGAAGUAUCAGCUCACCGACUCCUCGCACCACCGCAGCCGCAGCCGGACCGGGUCCAAAGCCUUGGCGGGUGAUCGAAAACCUACCUUGAUGAUGAGCUGAUCGCUGACAGGAAAAACAUGCUCAUAGUAUCUCAUAGCUGGGUAUACUGCUGGGUAUACUGCCAAAUGUUCAAUCAUGGUCAAAUGUUCCCAAUUUUUUGUGUUGAGCCAUGCCGAGAAAUCCAAAUGCAGGCAUUUCUAUGAGAGAAAACGAAUGUCAGAUAUUCGUGAUCCUUCUUGUCGUUUUGCCAGGAAGAAUCGUGUUCCAAAAAAAUUGCACACAAGGUUGCAACCGAUCCGAAUCGUUUUUUGGGUGAUCGGAGAGCUAUCCAAGGCUGCUUUGAAACCCUGGGGCUUCCGACGGAGUCGCCAGAAAGGGAACACCCCUCCGGUGACCGGUUCCCAAAGACAUCCAAAACGAAAAACCGCCCGGUGCACUCGGUUGUUGCGCUAUGGCAAAAUCGAGACGGCCAGGUCAUAGGACCUGUUUUUUUCAACAGGUUCACGCUGGAGGUCAACCGUUGGAAGAUAGUUGGGUCCCCAGUUGGCUUUUGUUGGG